UUCUUCCUCCUCAACCUCUCUGUCCUGGACCUUGGCUCCAUCUCCACCACUGUCCCCAAAGCCAUGGCCAAUUCUCUGUGGGGCACCAGGGUCAUUUCGUAUGCAGGAUGUGCUGCCCAGGUCUUCCUCAUUUUCUUCUUAUUUGGAGGAGAGUAUUCUCUUCUCACUGUCAUGGCCUAUGAUCGCUAUGUUGCCAUCUGCAAACCCCUGCACUACGGGACCAUCAUGGGCAGCAGAGCUUGUGUCAAAAUGGCAGCAGUUGCCUGGGCCAGUGGUUUUCUCAAUGGUCUCCUGCACACUGUGAACACAUUUUCAAUACCACUCUGCCAAGGCAACACAGUGGACCAGUUCUUCUGUGAAAUCCCCCAGAUCCUCAGGCUCUCCUGCUCAGACUCCUACCUCAGGGAAGUUGGGCUUAUUUUGGUUAAUGCCUGUUUAUUGUUUGGGUGUUUCAUUUUCAUUGUGCUGUCGUACGUGCAGAUCUUUGCAGCUGUGCUGAGGAUCCCCUCUGAGCAGGGCCGGCACAAAGCCUUUUCCAUGUGCCUCCCGCACCUGGUCGUGGUCUCUCUGACUGUCAUCACUGUCAUGUUUGCCUACCUGAAGCCCCCCUCCAUCUCCUCCCCAGCUGAGGAUCUGGUGGUGGCUGUUCUCAUGAGGAACAAGGAGCUCAAGGAUGCCCUGAGGAAAGUGAUUUCAUGGACAUUUUUCAGCAGCGGUAACAUUGACAUUGCUCUUCACAAAUGA